AUGUCUUCCGGCUUCGGCGCCACAUACGAUCUGAAUUCGUGUACCCCACGAGCACCACCGUCGUUCUCGUUGACCACCGUCGCAAGCCGACGCGCCGUCUUCCAGCCGUACAACACCUCGUCGAUGCGUCCGGGCGACGCGGGCCCAUCCGGCAGCGAGGGGUCUUUUGCGGUGCCGCUUGACCUGGUCGUUGUCGACCCGUCGACCGAUCCCUUGUGGAACAACCAGACCACCGCGCAGCCUAUCAUGAGCAUCGCAAACCAGGACACCAUGAACGACUCCUUCAUGGGCGCUGACAGCGUAAGUGGCUCGGAUGUCGACGGCUAUGAUGGUGAGCCGAAUAUGUACGUGGUGGAUCUCCUGUCGGCACUGCGCGGGUAUCAGUCGAGCCCCACAGAGCCGUUUGGGCACCUUGUCGCCGCGGCGCUGGCGUCGCGGUCGAAGGAGAUGCCGGUGCGCGGCUUCGAAAUAGCUGCCGCGGAGCACAACGCGUACCUCGUGCGACUGAUUCUGGACUCUGGUACGCUGGACGAGACGGAUGUGGAGGCGCAGCGCAACGUGCAGGAGACCAUGGAUGAGCUCUUUUCCACCAAGGACGGGACGGUGAACCCGGCCAUCUACGAGUACCUCACCUCCUUCUUUCGCAUGCCUUUUGCACGGCUCUCGCACACUCAGUACGUCAUGCUCAAGCGAAGCGGCUUCGAGUACAUCAAGCUCAUGUACGACCACCAGCACGUCCUGCCCGACGAGUCCUUUCACUCCAUUCUUAUAAACCAGUCCAACGUGAUGUGGAUCCUCAACCUGAUCUUCAUGGUGAUGCAGCUGUGCACGAUUAUUUUCUCUAAUGUGGCGAUCGCACUGGUGCUGGCGAAGUGGGUGGAGCUGAACGGCGGCAGGCUCCAGAGCUACGCCCUCUACACACUGAUUGUCUUUGGGGGAGGCUGGGCGCUGAAUCUGAUCUGCAUCAUCUGCACAGUGCGGAGCCGGCAGGACGAGACGCAGUACGAGCCCAGGCGUGAAGAUGAGAAGUACUUGGUGGUGCCAUCGCCGUAUGUCGCGGUGGUGCCGGCGAUUCCGCUUUUUGACAUCUUCUGCCUCAUCGCCUACGCCCGUGCGCUGAGGCAGAAGCGCAUGAUCCUGGGACACAACAUAGUGGCCUGCAGCCGCCUCUCCGGCAUCAUCCACGCCAUAAUAUUCGCCUUUCCGCAGCUCAUCACACAGGCGUACUUCAACAACAUUGAGCUCAGCAUCCAGCUGGAGUGGCGGCGCCUCUGGCCUUAUGUUUUGCUGCUCGUGGCCGCGACCACGCAGUGGUGCGUGGCGCUGUUCGGAUACGCCUGGCUUCUGUUCACGCAUGACUCAAUCGACGGGCUUGGCUUUGCCUGCUUCAACCUAGGCAGGGUUUCCCACAUGCUGGAGCGUCACACCGCCGUAGCGCACGUGCUGCACUACGUGAUGGCGUCGGUGCUCGAGACGAACAUUUUUCUCGUCGUCGCCACCUCAAUCAGGCUGUCGGAGACAACAUGCCGGUACUACAACAUCACCAUCAUCGUUCUUUCCGGCAUCACGGUCGUGUACAUUCUCUCCGUGUGCAUCAUCAUCGUCUUGAAAGAGGCGUCGACAGUGCGGAUUAGCUUUACCUGCGUUCCGCUCGUGAUAAUUCAGCUAGUGCUGCUCAUCUGCUCGGAGCGCGUCGGCGUCGAGGAGUGCGCCUCCUUCCGGCACCUCUACUUUCGGGAAACCUUCAUAUUUGGCUACCUUAGCUGGGGUGCCUACUUCUCGCUGUUUCUGGUGUGGCUGAUCCUCAUGUUUCAGUGGUGUGUGCUGUACAAGACGGAGGUGAACCUUUUUCCGCGUCUGCUGUGGCCGUUGGCGAGGAAGGACACACGAUUCUCAGCGUCGAAGAAGGUGGAUUCGGGCGAUGAGACUUUUCCUACGGACUCAGUGUCUUAG